GGUGGCGCAACAAAAUUCGACAGCAUUUCCACUACAACACUAAUCAUUGCUACAGAGGCGAGUGGAGAUGAAGCGCUAGUUGCCCCGCCCACUCAUCGUGUCUGUGAUCGUCUCCUCGUCGGCUCUUCGUCGUCAUCAUCAUGGGCUUCAACGUGCCGAUUCUAAACCGCGAUUCGGACGCGGUCCGUGCGGCCACCAAACAAUGGAUCGACCAACCGCAGAAUCAGAAAAAACUCGUCCUGGUCAUUGUGUCCGUGGCGCUAUUGCUUGACAACAUGCUCUACAUGGUCAUCGUGCCGAUUAUUCCAAAGUAUCUGCGAGACAUUCAUGCUUACGAGGUCGAGUUCUACGGAUAUCACAACGAGACCGAGCGACUCCCGAAUGGGACUGUUAUUGUGCGCGCCGUUGGAGCUAAAAUAGAUUACCUGGACGAGGACAUCGAGCUCGGCUGGCUCUUCGCUUCCAAGGCCAUGCUACAGAUAUUCGUCAACCCAUUGUCUGGUUUCAUUAUCGACAGAGUCGGCUAUGAAAUUCCUAUGGUCGUCGGACUAGUCGUCAUGUUUAGUUCUACUGCUAUAUUCGCACUCGGUCGCAGCUAUGGUGUGCUACUGUUCGCCAGGUCUUUGCAGGGAUUCGGAUCAGCCUUCGCGGACACCUCAGGCCUAGCAAUGAUCGCCGACCGAUUCAGCGAAAAAGGCGAACGAUCAGCAGCACUGGGAAUCGCCCUGGCAUUUAUUUCCUUCGGCUGCCUAGUAGCCCCACCAUUCGGUUCCGUGCUCUACUCCCUCGCCGGCAAACCCGUACCAUUUCUUAUUCUCUCAUUCGUCUGUCUAGCCGAUGCACUUGCCAUCUUCAUGGUGAUCCAACCAGGUCGUCGAGGACCAGUAGAUGCUGCUGGAGAUCGCUUGAAGGGCACCCCGAUGUGGCGCUUAUUCAUGGACCCGAUGAUAGCAGUUUGUUCGGGAGCGCUGAUUAUGGCCAAUAUCUCGCUAGCCUUCCUUGAGCCGACGAUCACCACCUGGAUGGCUGAAAGCAUGCCGGACACGCCUGUCUGGCUAGUGGGAGUGAUUUGGCUACCCGCAUUCUUCCCACACGUUCUUGGAGUAUAUGUGACGGUGCGACUUCUGAAGGCCUUUCCCAACCACACCUGGCUGAUCGCCAUUAUUGGCUUGUCCAUGGAGGGCAUCGCCUGCUUCGCCGUCCCCUACACGACGUCUGUAAUGCAGCUGAUUAUUCCCCUAAGUUUUGUAUGCUUUGGCAUUGCCCUAAUUGACACUUCUCUCUUGCCUAUGCUUGGCCACCUGGUCGAUACCCGACAUGUGCCCGUUUACGGUUCCGUUUACGCAAUUGCGGACAUCUCCUACUCUCUUGCCUACGCUUUUGGGCCUAUCAUUGCCGGCUGGAUUGUAGGAAAUUUCGGCUUCUUCGCUCUGAACAUGGUCAUUUUCCUCACCAACGUCUUAUACGCUCCAGUGAUAGCAAUCCUUCGAAAAGUGAAUAGUUACGAUUCCCUAGGAGGAAAAUCAGAGAUGAUGACAGCGGUGAAGAAUGAUAACUAUGCUGAGAUUGAUAACGCCAAACCAGUGACGGAAGCUACACCAGCUCAGGGAUUCCAUGGGAUGAGUUACGGGACCACGACGAGCAACUAUCAGGAGAGCUUCCCGCAACCCGAGUUCCCAGCCGGGUACGAUCCGCUGAAUCCACAGUGGUAGCUGCGAUUGUCACUUUAUUAGAUUCUAGCGUAAUAUAUUUGUGUAUUGUGGUUCAGAUAAAGCA